AUGAUUGGGAGGAGGAGACAGCCGAUCUCUUGCUGGGAGUUGCUUGUGCUGAAGCAGCUGAGCUGCUCGCGGGGGCAUCCAGGCUCCGCCUCCACUUUUCUGCUGCAGGGAAGCACUUUGAUCACAGCAGAUGAUGUUCGGCAAGCGGCUUUCUUGCGAGAGGGGGAGCCGCCUAGCGAAGCUGAGGCACGGAAGCGCCGCAAAGCGAUCAACGAGCAGCCUUUGCCUGUCGUGGACGACACAGAGUUUCUCAUGCUCAAGCAGGAGAAGCCCAAACCAGCAUCUCGCAUCAGCGCUGAGAGCACCGCGCCUCGUGGAAAGGGCGAAAGUGCUUCGCGUGACGCAUCCGAUUCGGAACUUUGA